UCAAUGGGAUUUGCGUUUGUUGCGUAUGAAGAUCAGAGAAGCACCACUCUUGCUGUUGAUAAUCUGAAUAAUGCUAAGGUUUUGGGGUGGAUCAUAAAAGUGGACCAUUGUGGUGGAUACAAGAAGAUAGAAGAGGAAGAUGAAGAGACGAAGCAGAAGAAGAGAGAGGCGUGGUGUAUGCAGAGCUUUUCAGAGAAAGGAGUGUACUCGUGGAGAUUCUUGCAAAUUCUCCCACGAUGAAAGAAGAACUGCGAAUACCGGUUGGGGUCAUGAAGGUGGUAGAAGAAGUUUCAGGUGAGAUCAAGUGAAGAUCACAAUGACAUAGAGGAUAAGUAGUGAUAUAGUUCAUAUUGAUAUCAAGU